AUGCAAGGGCGCAAUGUGGCGUACUUCCACAACGAGGAAAUCGGCAAAUUUUACUACUACAAGGACCACCCCAUGAAGCCCAAGCGGAUGGCCAUGACCCACUCGCUCAUCGAGAGCUUCGACAUCUACCGCAAGCUGGACGUCUACCGCUCCCGCAAGGCCGACAAGCAGGAACUGCUUCGCUUCCACCACCCCGAAUACAUCAACUACCUCGAGAACUACGUCUGCAAAGACGUCCUCACCAGCCACGGCUUCGCAUACACCAACGACAUGAUGCUCAAGUCCGAAGAAGAACGCAAGUUCCUCAUCAACUCCAACAAGCUCAAGAGCCAGUUUUCGAUGAACGAAACCGGGGACUGUCCGGGCUUCGCCGGACUUUACGAGUUCUGCCAGCUGUCGUGCGGAGGGUCGAUCGAUGCUUCCCAGCUUUUGCUGAGAGGCGAUGCGGGGAUAGCGGUGAACUGGGGAGGAGGACUGCACCACGCGAAGAAGUGCGAGGCGAGUGGAUUCUGCUACACCAACGACAUCGUGCUGGCCAUCCUGGAGAUGCUCAAGUACUACCCGCGAGUGCUUUAUCUCGAUGUUGAUGUGCACCACGGCGACGGAGUGGAGGAGGCAUUUUACCUAACCGACAGAGUGAUGACUGUUUCCUUCCAUCAGUACGGAGACGACUUCUUCCCAGGCACCGGCAGCAUAGACUCCGUCGGAGAGGGCAAGGGCAAAUACUACUCCGUCAACGUCCCGCUCAAGGUCGGAAUCGACGACGACACCUACCAGGAACUGUUCAAGACAGUCAUGGACGAAGUCAUGGCCAAGUUCAUGCCCAGCGCUGUCAUCCUCCAGCUGGGCGGCGACAGCAUCGCCUACGACGUGCUCGGCAGGCUCAACCUCAGCAUCAAGGGACACGGCGAGUGCGUAAAGAAAAUGAUGACCUAUGGCGUUCCCCUGAUGCUGCUCGGCGGAGGAGGUUACACCGUGCACAACGUGGCUCGGCUGUGGGCGUACGAGACGGGCCUAGCAGUGGGGGAAGAGCUCGACGGCUACAUCCCCAAGACUGAUCGCUUCUACGACGCUUACCAGCCGGACAGCAAGCUGCACUUCACGGUGAAGCCGACCAAGAACAAGAACACUCCGGAAUACCUAAACUAGGUGCGCGAGAAGACCUUCGAGCACCUGCGGAUGCUGGAGACGAGUCCGGGCGUGCCCUUCCACAACGUGCCAGUGGUGGCGUUCGCGCCUGAAAACAUCAUGGAGAGCGAAGACAAGUACCUGAGCAGCCUCCUCAGCAGGAGAGAUUAG